AAUUGCGGUCAGUGUUCCGUCAGCCGUAGAGAAGCGCGCAUCGUUCAGUCUAGUUCAUAUACCAAGGAAAGACGUUAGAAGACGUUAGAAGUAGAAGAAACCGACAAUGUUGUGCUUCUGCAGCGUGGCGACAAUCGCUAUUCUUUAUUUUUUCUUCGAUCUGAACUAUUACGCGAGAAUUAUUUUUACUAUCAUGUGGGGUAGACUCUUUGAGAAAAAAAAGAAGAUUCUUGAUACGACUACGAUUUACAGUAUAUGUUUCACUCAAGACAUUGACUUGGUCUUAAAGCAUAUGAAUAACGCGAGGUAUUUGCGCGAGUUGGAUUUUGCGCGUUUUUAUCAUUACGAUAGAUCAGGACUAUUCACAAAAAUCACAAAAAAAGGCGGUAGUGCUGUUCAAGGUGCUAGUAGUAUACGGUAUCGUCGAGCACUUUCUGUCUUCACGCCGUUCAAAAUUACCACAAAGGUUAUUUAUUGGGAAGACAAACAUCUAUAUCUAGAGCAUCAAUUUAUUAGUCUCUCGGAUAAUUUUAUUCGCGCAGUUGCAUUAAGCAAACAAACACUAACUGAACUAAAGAUACCAAUAAACGAUAUAAUAACCGAAAUCGAACCGGACAUUCGUAGGCCAGAACUCACUAAAGAACUUCAAUUAUGGCUAAACUGUAUGGAAGAAUCGUCGCAAAAUCUAAAAAAACAGAGAUAAGAAAAGAUCUAAAACAUUAAAAUUGCAAUAUUUGCACAUAGUGUAAGUCAUGAUAUAAUUAUAAGUAUACGUUAUAUAUAUGUAUACAAUAUGUACUUAUACCAAAAUUAUUAAAUAGCAAUAGCAUUUUAGCAAUUUUAUUUUUACAUUUGUUAUUUAUAUAGUUUAAAAAUGGUUUUUUUAUUGUUGGAUUUCUAUGUUACACGAUAUUCUGUUACAUGUACAAAAUCAAAUAAUAAAAUAAAAUAUAUUU